CCGGGGCAGGGAGCCGGUGAGGAGGGAGCGGGGCUGCCCCGUAUGCGCGGCUGCCCGCCGCCCCUCACCGCCCCGGGGUCGGGGCGCAGCUCGGCGGCCCGGCGGAGGCGUCGGAGGAGCCGCGGCGGCGCUGGCGGGGGCAGAGGAAGGCUGACAGGGCUGAGGGUAGCCCAGGAUGGCCGCAGCUUCAUAUGAUCAAUUGUUAAAGCAAGUUGAGGCAUUAAAGAUGGAGAACUCCAACCUUCGGCAAGAGCUAGAGGAUAACUCAAAUCACCUCACAAAACUGGAAACCGAGGCGUCCAAUAUGAAGGAGGUACUGAAACAGCUACAAGGAAGUAUUGAAGAUGAGGCAAUGGCAUCUUCUGGACAAAUUGACUUACUGGAACGACUUAAAGAACUGAAUUUGGAAAGUACCAGCUUCCCUGGAGUGAAGUUAAGGCCAAAGGUGUCCGUGCGUUCCUAUGGGAGCCGGGAAGGGUCUGUGUCGAGCCGCUCGGGGGAGUGCAGCCCAGUCCCUAUGGGGUCAUUUCCAAGAAGAGGCUUUAUGAAUGGAAGUAGAGAAAGCACUGGUUACUUAGAAGAGCUAGAAAAAGAGAGAUCUCUGUUGCUUGCGGAGCUUGAGAAGGAAGAGAAGGAAAAGGACUGGUAUUAUGCCCAGCUUCAGAACCUGACUAAAAGGAUUGAUAGUCUCCCCCUUACUGAAAAUUUCUCCUUGCAAACAGAUAUGACCAGAAGGCAGCUGGAGUAUGAGGCCAGGCAAAUCAGAGCUGCAAUGGAAGAACAACUGGGCACUUGUCAGGACAUGGAAAAGCGGGCACAGGCAAGGGUGGCCAGAAUUCAGCAAAUAGAAAAGGACAUUCUUCGUAUACGACAGCUCCUGCAAUCACAAGCAGCUGAAGCAGAGAGAGUACCUCAAAGCAAGCAUGAGGCAGGUUCCCAUGAUACAGAGAGGCAGAAUGAAGGUCAAGGAGCAGCAGAAAUCAGCGUGGCAACCAGCAAUACUGGUCAGGGUUCUGCUGCUCGAAUGGACCACGAGACAGCCAGUGUUAUGAGCUCUGGUAGUAACUAUUCUGUUCCUCGCAGACUGACAAGUCAUCUGGGUACCAAGGUAACCGAAGAUUACAAACCACAGGUGGAAAUGGUGUAUUCAUUGUUAUCAAUGCUUGGUACUCAUGAUAAAGAUGACAUGUCAAGAACAUUGCUAGCAAUGUCUAGCUCCCAGGACAGCUGCAUAGCCAUGCGUCAGUCUGGAUGUCUUCCUCUCCUCAUCCAGCUUUUACAUGGCAACGAUAAGGACUCUGUGUUGUUAGGAAACUCCCGUGGUAGUAAAGAGGCCCGUGCCAGAGCCAGCGCAGCACUGCACAACAUCAUUCACUCCCAGCCCGAUGAUAAGCGAGGCAGACGGGAAAUCCGUGUGCUCCAUCUCUUGGAGCAGAUCCGUGCUUACUGUGAAACGUGUUGGGAAUGGCAGGAAGCACAUGAACAAGGCAUGGACCAAGACAAAAACCCAAUGCCUGCUCCAGUGGAUCAUCAGAUUUGUCCUGCAGUGUGUGUUUUGAUGAAACUUUCAUUUGAUGAAGAACACAGACAUGCAAUGAAUGAGCUUGGAGGUUUGCAGGCCAUUGCUGAACUGCUGCAAGUGGAUUGUGAAAUGUAUGGACUCACAAGUGAUCACUAUAGUGUUACCCUAAGGAGGUAUGCUGGCAUGGCUCUGACAAACCUGACUUUCGGAGAUGUGGCAAACAAGGCUACAUUAUGUUCCAUGAAGGGCUGCAUGAGAGCUCUUGUAGCCCAGCUGAAAUCUGAAAGUGAAGACUUACAGCAGGUCAUUGCAAGUGUGUUGAGGAACUUGUCCUGGCGAGCAGAUGUAAACAGUAAAAAGACUCUAAGAGAAGUUGGAAGUGUGAAAGCAUUGAUGGAAUGUGCAUUAGAAGUUAAGAAGGAAUCCACCCUGAAAAGCGUUCUGAGUGCCUUAUGGAAUUUGUCAGCACACUGCACUGGGAACAAAGCUGACAUAUGUGCUGUUGAUGGUGCUCUUGCAUUUCUGGUCGGCACGCUGACAUACCGGAGCCAAACAAACACUUUAGCCAUCAUAGAAAGUGGAGGAGGAAUACUAAGAAAUGUUUCUAGCCUAAUUGCUACUAAUGAGGACCACAGGCAAAUCUUGCGAGAGAACAGCUGCUUACAAACCUUAUUACAACACUUGAAGUCACACAGUUUGACAAUAGUUAGUAACGCAUGUGGGACCCUGUGGAACCUCUCUGCUCGAAAUGCGAAGGAUCAGGAGGCACUGUGGGACAUGGGAGCCGUGAGCAUGCUGAAAAACCUGAUUCACUCAAAACACAAAAUGAUAGCCAUGGGUAGUGCUGCCGCUCUACGGAACCUCAUGGCAAACAGGCCGGCAAAGUACAAGGAUGCCAACAUUAUGUCUCCAGGAUCAAGCCUUCCAUCUCUCCAUGUCAGAAAGCAAAAGGCACUGGAAGCAGAAUUAGAUGCUCAGCAUUUAUCAGAGACUUUUGACAACAUUGAUAACUUAAGCCCAAAAGCAUCUCACCGCAAUAAGCAGAGACAUAAGCAAAAUAUAUACAGUGAGUAUGUCCUGGAUGGCACCCGCCAUGACGAUGGGGUGUGCAGGUCGGAGAGCUUUAAUGCUGGCAAUAUGACUGUGCUCUCACCAUAUGUAAAUACUACGGUAUUGCCUGGCUCCUCCUCUUCCAGUAGAGGAAACACAGAAAAUUCUCGAUCUGAGAAAGACAGGAGUGUUGAAAGGGAUAGAACAGUAGCUUUAAAUACCUAUCAUCAAGCUGCAGAGAAUACUGGGAACUCCUCUAAGAGAAUAGGAAUGCAGAUUUCUACUGCUGCAGCUCAGAUUGCCAAAGUUAUGGAAGAAGUCACGAGCAUGCACAUUCCACAAGAAGACAGAAGUUCUGGUUCCACUUCUGAACUACACUGUUUGACAGAAGACAGAAACGCCCAGAGGAGAUCUGCCUCUGCCCAUACUCACUCAAAUACAUACUUUCCUAAGUCUGAGAACUCGAACAGGACAUGUCCUGUGCCUUAUACAAAAAUGGAAUACAAAAGAGCUUCAAAUGAUAGUUUGAAUAGUGUCAGCAGCAGUGACGGCUAUGGUAAAAGAGGCCAAAUGAAACCUUCCAUUGAGUCUUACUCUGAGGAUGAUGAAAGUAAAUUCUGUAGUUACGGCCAAUAUCCAGCUGACUUGGCACACAAGAUUCAUAGUGCAAAUCACAUGGAUGACAAUGAUGGAGAACUAGACACUCCUAUUAAUUAUAGUCUUAAAUACUCAGAUGAGCAGUUAAAUUCUGGAAGGCAAAGUCCCUCCCAGAAUGAAAGAUGGGCAAGGCCUAAGCAUAUAAUAGAUGAUGAAAUGAAACAAAAUGAGCAAAGACAGCCAAGGAACCAAAAUGCAACUUACCCUGUGUACACUGAAAGUGGAGAUGAAAAACACAUGAAAUAUCAGACACCUUUUGGACAGCAGGAGUGUGUUUCUUCCUUUAGAUCAAGAGGAUCCAGUGGCUCAGAUCAGAACAGAGUAGGCCCAGCUCUCGGAAUGAAUCAGAAAGUAAACCAGUCCUUGUGCCAGGUUGAUGAUUAUGAUGAUGAUAAGCCAACCAACUAUAGUGAACGUUAUUCUGAGGAAGAACAACAUGAAGAGGAAGACAGACCAACUAAUUACAGCAUAAAGUACAAUGAAGAGGAACAUCAUGUCGAUCAGCCUAUUGAUUAUAGUUUAAAAUAUUCGACAGAAGUUCCAGCACCUUCUCAGAAGCCAUCUUUCACUUUUCCAAAGACUUCUUCAGUGCAGCUCAAUAAAACUGACCAUAUUCCCCCAAGCAGUGGGAGCACAUCAGCCCCCUCAGCUGGAUCAAAGAGGCAGAACCAGCUUCACCCAAGCUCUGCACAAAGUAGAAGUGGCCAUUCACAGAAGAAUGCCUCCUGUAAGACUCCCUCUAUUAAUCAGGAAACUAUACAAACUUACUGCGUGGAAGAUACCCCAAUAUGUUUUUCAAGGUGCAGCUCUUUGUCAUCCUUGUCAUCAGCUGAAGAUGAAAUAGGACGUGAUCAAUCCACACGUGGCACAGAUGCCAGUAAUACACUGCAGAUUGCAGAACUGAAGGAAAACAGUGGGACUCUGCCUACAGAAAGUACAGCAAGUGAAAUUGCAUCAACAGCACAACACAUCAGAACAAAAUCCACUAGACUUCAGACUUCUAGCUUGUCUCCUUCUGACUCCUCUAGACAUAAAGCUGUUGAAUUUUCUUCAGGUGCCAAAUCUCCCUCAAAGAGUGGUGCCCAAACUCCUAAGAGUCCACCAGAACAUUAUGUACAGGAAACCCCACUCAUGUUUAGCAGAUGUACUUCUGUAAGUUCCCUGGAUAGUUUUGAAAGCCGUUCAAUUGCUAGUUCAGUUCAAAGUGAGCCUUGCAGUGGAAUAGUAAGUGGUAUUAUAAGUCCCAGUGACCUUCCAGACAGCCCUGGACAAACAAUGCCUCCAAGCAGAAGUAAAACACCCCCACCUGCUCAAGGAGUUCAAGUAAAAAGAGAGGUACCUAAAGGAAAAGCACCUACUACUGAGAAGAGAGAGCCUGGUCCUAGACAGGCAGCUGUAAAUGCAGCUGUUCAAAGAGUUCAGGUACUGCCAGAUGCUGAUACACUACUACAUUUUGCCACAGAAAGCACACCGGAUGGGUUUUCUUGCUCUUCUAGCCUGAGUGCUCUGAGCCUUGAUGAGCCAUUUAUACAGAAAGAUGCGGAGUUAAGAAUUAUGCCUCCAGUUCAUGAAAACGAGCAUGGAAAUGAAACAGAACCUGAACAGUCAGAUGAUACAAAGGAUAACCAGGAGAAGAAAGCAGAGAAGCCAGCUGAAGCAGAAAAAGACAUUCUGGAUGAUUCUGAUGAUGAUAUUGAAAUACUGGAAGCGUGUAUUAUUUCUGCAAUGCCAACAAAGUCUUCACGUAAAGCCAAAAAGCCUUCUCAAACAUCUGCCCCAAAAAUACCUCCUCCUGUAGCCAGAAAGCCCAGCCAGUUGCCAGUUUACAAACUUUUGCCUUCACAAAGCAGACUGCAAUCACAAAAGCAUGUGACUUUUACUCCAGGAGAUGAUAUUCCACGAGUAUAUUGUGUUGAGGGUACACCAAUAAAUUUUUCAACAGCUACAUCUCUGAGUGACCUGACCAUAGAAUCCCCACCAAGUGAGUUGGCCAAUGCAGACAAUGUGGGUGUGGGAGCAGAGUCGGGGGAGUUUGAAAAGCGGGACACCAUUCCUACAGAGGGCAGAAGUACUGACGAUUCUCAGAGAGCAAAAAGCUCAGCUGUGACUUCCCUGGGCCUGGAUGAUGACAAAACAGAAGAGGGUGAUAUUUUGGCUGAGUGCAUUAACUCAGCUAUGCCAAAAGGAAAAAGUCACAAACCUUUCAGAGUGAAGAAGAUAAUGGAUCAAAUUCAACAAGCAUCUUCAUCUCCAAGUAACAAAAACCAACCAGAAGGUGAGAAAAAGAAGCCAACAUCACCGGUAAAGCCUGUUUCCCAAAACAAUGAGUACAGAGCACGUGUGCGAAAAAGCACAGAGCCUAAAAGCAAUGCUAGUAAUGAAAGAGGCUAUCCAGAGAACAGAGAUGCAAAGAAACAGAACGUUAAAAAUAAUUCAAGAGAUUUUCAUGACAAAUUGCCAAAUAAUGAAGAGCGUGUAAGAGGAGGCUUUGCAUUUGAUUCCCCUCAUCAUUACACACCUAUUGAGGGAACUCCUUAUUGUUUUUCACGGAAUGAUUCCCUGAGUUCUUUAGAUUUUGAUGAUGAUGAUGUUGACCUUUCAAGGGAGAAGGCAGAAUUAAGAAAAGGAAAAGAAGGCAAGGAAACGGAAAGUAAAGACAGCUCUAAUGCCGAACAGUCUCCAAAUCAGCAGCCAAGUAGCAGGACACAAGUCUGUCAAAAACACCCAGCGGGCAGAAGCCAGACAAAAACUUUCUCUCAGUCAACUAAAGAUAUUCCAGACAGAGGAGCAGCUACAGAUGAGAAAAUGCAGAAUUUUGCUAUUGAAAACACGCCUGUUUGUUUUUCUCGCAAUUCGUCUCUUAGCUCCCUCAGUGAUAUUGAUCAAGAAAACAAUAACAACAAAGAAGGGGAACCUGCAAAACGUCCAGAGGCUCCUGAGCCACAGGUGGAAUCCAACAGACCACAGACUUCUGGUUAUGCACCUAAAUCAUUUCAUGUUGAAGAUACUCCUGUAUGCUUCUCUAGAAACAGCUCUCUGAGUUCUCUUAGCAUUGACUCAGAAGAUGACCUUCUGCAGGAAUGCAUUAGUUCUGCUAUGCCUAAAAAGAAAAAGCCCUCAAGAAUGAAGAGUGAUGGUGAAAAAAAUAAUUCCAGAAAUACAGGUGGUAUACUAGCAGAAGAUUUAACACUGGAUUUGAGAGAGAUACAGAGACCAGAUUCAGAACAUGGUUUUUCACCUGAUUCGGAGAACUUUGAUUGGAAAGCUAUACAAGAAGGUGCAAAUUCUAUAGUUAGUAGCUUGCAUCAAGCUGCAGCUGCUGCAUCACUGUCUAGACAAGCUUCAUCAGACUCUGACUCUAUCCUUUCCUUAAAAUCUGGUAUUUCUCUAGGGUCACCAUUUCAUCUAACCCCAGACCAAGAAGAAAAACCUUUCACUAGUAAUAAAGGUCCAAGAAUUAUUAAGCCAGGAGAGAAGAGUACACUGGAGUGUAAAAAAGUAGAAUCAGAAAGUAGGGGAAUCAAAGGAGGGAAGAAAGUGUAUAAAAGUAUGAUCACAGGAAAAGCUCGCUCCAAUUCAGAAGUCUCAAGUUUGAAGCAACCACAACAGACAAGUGUGCCUUCAAUUUCACGUGGUAGAACAAUGAUCCAUAUUCCAGGAGUUCGAAAUAGUUCUUCAAGUACUAGUCCUGUUGCCAAAAAAGGACCCCCACUCAAAAACAUGAACUCCAAGAGUCCCAGUGAAGGCCAAAGUUUGACUAGUUCUCCAAGAGGAGCCAAAUCAUCAGUGAAACCUGAGCCAGCUCCUGUGACUAGGCAGCCAUCAGGGUUGAACCAGAGUGGAUCAAGUAAAGGGCCUUCUCGAUCAGGAUCUAGAGACUCCACGCCUUCUAGACCUCAGCAGCAGCCAUUAAGUAGGCCUCUGCAAUCUCCUGGACGAAACUCAAUUUCCCCAGGAAGAAAUGGUAUCAGUCCUCCCAACAAACUGUCACAGUUGCCAAGAACAUCAUCUCCUAGUACAGCUUCAACUAAAUCCUCAAGUUCAGGUAGAAUGUCAUACACACCACCAGGCAGGCAGAUGAGCCAGCAAAACCUUACAAAGCAAACUGCCUUACCUAAGAGUACCAGUAGCAUUCCACGAAGUGAGUCUGCUUCAAAGGGGUUAAACCAAGCUCUCAGCACUGGUGGAUCAAACAAAAAGACUGACCUAUCCAGAAUGUCAUCCACAAAGUCUAGUGGAAGUGAAUCUGACAGAUCUGAGAGACCUGCUCUUGUUCGUCAGUCAACUUUUAUUAAAGAAGCUCCAAGCCCAACUCUGAGACGGAAAUUAGAAGAGUCAGCUUCAUUUGAAUCUCUGUCACCUUCCAGGCCAGACUCUCCCACAAGGUCCCAACUACAGACCCCAGUUUUAAGUCCAUCUCUUCCUGAUAUGUCGUUAUCCACUCAUUCACCUGCCCAGAGUUGUGGUUGGCGAAAAUUAGCCCCUAAUCAGAGCCCUACUAUAGAAUAUGAUGGAAGACCAGCAAAGCGUCAUGACAUAGCUCGUUCCCAUUCUGAGAGUCCCUCUAGGUUGCUGAUCAAUAGAUCAGGAACAUGGAAGCGUGAACACAGUAAGCAUUCCUCAUCACUUCCUCGUGUAAGCACUUGGCGAAGAACUGGAAGUUCCUCCUCAAUCCUGUCAGCUUCUUCAGAAUCCAGUGAAAAGGCAAAAAGUGAAGAUGAAAAGCAGCAUGGAAGUUCUCUUUCUGGACACAAGCAAAGUAAAGAAAGCCAAGCACCAGCAAAAGGUACUUGGAGAAAAAUAAAAGAAAAUGAAAUUCCUCAGAUAAUGAAUGAUCCUCAGCAUUCUUCUUCGGCUGCCACAAAUGGCUCUGAUUCCAAAACCCUCAUCUAUCAGAUGGCUCCAGCUGUCUCUAAGACAGAGGAUGUGUGGGUGAGGAUAGAGGACUGCCCAAUUAACAACCCUCGAUCUGGAAGGUCCCCAACUGGAAAUACUCCCCCUGUUAUUGACAGUGUUUCAGAGAAAGGCAGUAUGAAUGGUAAAGAUCCUAAAGAGAUUCAAGAAAAGCAAACGCCAGGGAAUGGAGGUGUUUCUGUUCGUACUGUUGGCUUAGAAAACCGUCUGAACUCUUUCUUUCAGAUAGACAGUCCAGACAAGAAAGGCACCGAAACAAAGCCUCUGCAGAAUAAUCCUGUUCCUGCACCAGAAAUUAACGAAAGUACUGUAAGUGAGCGUACUCCAUUCAGUUCUAGUAGCUCAAGCAAGCACAGCUCCCCCAUCGGUGCUGUCGCAGCAAGGGUCACUCCUUUCAACUACAACCCGAGCCGCAGGAAGAGCAGCGUGGACAAUAGUUCUGCUCGGCCAUCACAGAUUCCAACACCGGUGAAUAACAGCACCAAGAAACGCGACACUAAGUCUGAAAACACUGACUCCAGUGGAACACAAAGCCCUAAACGUCACUCUGGCUCUUACCUGGUAACUUCUGUUUAAGUGCAACAAAAAAAUAAAUAAAACUGAUGUAUUAUAUACAGCAGCUACUUAGAAACUUUGUUUCAAAUGAAACAAAAAAAAAAUGGGGAUUGAUUUUUUUUUUGUUGUUGUUUUUAUUUGUUGUAAAUAGCUUUGAUUCUUGUUAGAUGGUCCUUGUUCUGGAAGCCAUAUUUGAUAGUAUACUUUGUCUCCACUGGUGAUAUUUUGCAGGAAUACCUGACUGACAGUUUGGAAUAAAAUUGCUAACGCAAGUGUAUUUGUACAGUAUGUUUAACAUGUAUUCCCAUGUUUAACAUGCAUCCCAUCCCAUUAUCCUUUAAAUAUUGCAUGUCAUUGAAAUCAUGGAAUAGCACAGAUGGAAAUGAUGCAGUCAUAUUGCUUUAUCAAUAAUUUCUAGAUUACAGACCAACUAAACUACAUCAGGGAAGAAUUGGUAUUAUUUAUGCAAAAAAAUAUACUCAUGUUUAGUAUUUGUGAGUUCAUCUAACCCAAUAAUUAAUCAUGUGGCUGUGAAAUUCACAGUAAUAUGGUUUCCUCUGAACAAGCUUUCCUAGCCUGCUUUUCUGCAUGAAUGGAACUGAUGGUUCAUUUUAUGAAGUAACGAUUAACAUUUCUGUGGUCACAUAAUGUGCAUAGAUAGUUAUGGUGUAACAAUUUACACUUUCUUUGUGCUCUGAAAAAGAAAAAAAAAAACAAAAAAACAACUGUGUAACUGUAAAACCUUGAACAAAAUUAUUUUACCUGAAUUAGAUUUUAUCUUAAAGUAGGUAGAAUUUUUUUGCUAUGCUGUAACUUGUUGUAUAUUCUGGUAUUUGAGGUGAGAUGGCUGCUCUUUUAUUAAUGAGACGUGGGUGAUGUCUCAACAGAGACUAAAAUGAACAUUUCAGAAUAAAUUAUUACUAUAUGUAAGUUGUGUGUGUCACUUCUGCAUUGCAUAAAAAUACAGGAUUUUACUUUGUGAUGUCACCGUAUAAUGGGGUUGUAUGCACUUAACACUUAAGGCCUGAUCUGGGAUAAUCCUGCACCUUCAAAUAUCAGUUCUUCCUUAUCACUGGCAAGUGGCUGUUGUAGGAUGCUUUUAACAUUGCAGGAUCAGGCCUUAGAUCUUCUGUAAUAUAUUUGUAAUUGAGACAGUUUCACACAUCUCAGGUGCAUAACAAGGCUAAAGGCAGGGUAUUUCCAGUAGCCACGCAGUAUAAUUGUUCUCAUGACUGCAAGCCUGAAACAAUGUUGUAUCUAUACAAAUAAUAUUUGUAAAACAAAGCAUUUUUUGAUUGGGGAUAUAAUGUAGAAUGUGAAAUAGUGACUAUAAGAUGAAAUUUUGCUUCUAUUUGCGCUCUCUGUGCUUUUUUUUAAUUUAUUUUUUAAAAAUUAUGAAGGGAAAAGUAUCGCAAGAAUCCCAUGGCAGCAGGAAAUUUGUUACUGUAGUAGAAAAAUAAUUUUAUGCAAAACAUGACAUUUGCUGCCUCAAGCCUUUUUGAUGCAAAUAUAGAUUGUGCUUGAACAAUGCUGAAAAAAGCAGAUUUGUGCUUUAAAAAUAUAAAUAUAGUCUGGAUUUAGAUGAGGAUUACUUCACAGUAGAAACAUGAGAGAACAGAACAUGAACCAUUCUGUGCAUGUUUGAACAAACCAUGAAACGAAAUGGUAGAUCAGUUUUGUUGUAUCUCAACUGGACUGUUCUAAAGUAGCUUUCUAAAUAACUGAUGUGUCAGAAUGUCCUGAUUUCAGGAAGCCCUGAAAUAGAGCAACUUACCUUUAUGGUAGCUUUAACACAGUUGCAGAGUGUAUCACUUCUGUGGCUUUUGUACUUCUGAUCCUGAAAUGAUUCAGUUGAAUUCAUUAUAGAUCAUGUUCUGAUGUACAAACACAAUCGAGACACUAUCAGAAGACAGAAGUCAAUUUAUAUAAAAGCCACUACCAAAAAUACCUGUUUGGCAGAAGUGGUAUCUUAUUUGCUCUUUUGUUCCUUGCUUCCUGUCAGAUUUGCUUAGAGACAUGCCAUGUUCCUGUAUCACCUGGUGAACCUAUUAAGAAGCAGCACUCCUCAUGUUAGCAUUUGAAAUAUCUUACAUAUAGUAUCUUCAUUGAACUUCUAAUAUGAAUUAAUAUUAGUGUCCUUUUAAAGAUGAAAAAAAAACGGAUUACGUCGUGUUCAAAGUCAGGACUCCUGCUGGAGUAGAAUACAGAACUCCAUUCUUGAGUUUUAAAUGAAAGACCACUUUUGUUGUGAAUGUUGUGAUUCUUUUUAUUUCUUUUUUAAAUUAUUAUUUUCUGCUGGGUUUUUAACAACUGAUAGAAAAAUAUACUACAUAAUCCACAGUAGUUGUUUAACACCGGCAUUACAUAUUUGUCCUGUCAAUUUAAGAAUUAAACUCAGUCUCAGAAAAGAAAUUCUGAUUUCAGUUCUGUAACUGAAAAAUGACUGGAAUCAGUUUUUUAAUCAGAAGAUUAAAAAAACUAUAAUUGUAUGCGUAUCAAACACCAGAAUGUCUUUGAAAAUUGCAGUGGCUUCUCGAUAUAGACUUGGGGAUACUUCAUGAUCAUUAUAAUUGGAAAGUUUCUCUUAGUAUCCUCUUAAGUAAACCUAUAUUUGUAGCAAAGACAGGCUAGAGAAACUUUCCAACUAUAAGGGUAGUGAUACACUAAAAUAUGCUUCCCAUGGGAGUUGUUAAAUUUCCAUUAUAGAAGUUUUAAGAAGAGGUUUAUGAAACAUCUCAUAGGGAUGGACUGUAGUAUAUUUCAUAUUGCCUGUGUGCAGAGAUGGGUGAUCUUUUCAAAUCUCUUCCAGAUCUACAUUUCUCUGAUUCUUUAUCUAAAAUACUUAGUAUCCACUAAGAGCCUUUCAGAAUAUUUAAAGACAUCCAUGAUGUUUGAUUUAUGAUGGGGAUAUAAAGUUAUAUUCUAUAAGCUUAACUAAAAAACAGAUCCCAGAAACAUAAAAUCAGAAACAUGAAAACUGGUUGCAAUAAGUAUAUUUGGUCUUGGAUUUUGUUAAUGAUGUCUAGAUACAUGAUAGUCAGAUUUGAUUUAUGCUGCUAAAGAUAACCUCUCAUUCCUUGGUUUCAUUAGUAUGAAGUUGCCACAGCUGGUAAGAGGACAUUAUUUAUGUCAAGGCACAACAAAGAAUAGCAAGGAGCUAAGGAAACCAAGACUCAAUUUAUUGUUCUUCUGGGAUGCACUGCCUUUCUUUCUACCAAUAUUGGUAGAAUUUUUUUUGUGCUCAGACCUUUAUUUGUCAUUGAACUAGCUUAUCGUACCUAGUGCAUACCAAACUUAUACUUAAAAAUCAGUUUAUACUGAAAAAUAACUCAUAAAGCUCAUUUCAGACUGUCUAGCUUUGUCCUCUUGAUGUAAAAAGCAGAGAUCUGACCUCCCCACAAUUUUUAAUUAGUUUACUUUUUAAAAUGUGCUUCCAUUUUAAUUUCUUGCAGUGUGCUGCAAUUAAGGUUUCUGCUCAAUUUCUGUGAAAGCUCUUCUGACUAAAUAUUGCAAUCUUUAAAGGGGAACUAAUCUAUUUCUAUUUUUCAUGUGCAGUUCUCUAUCAAGAGUAUUUUCCCCAGAAAGAUUAAAGAUAACGCUCAUAAUUCUGUCAGAUACGACAGCUUGAAAAUUGAAAGCCUUGCCACAGUUUCCUGAUGAGACUGGAAUAUUGUUUCAAGCAGGAUUUGGCUGCAGAAUACAAGUAUAGUUUAUGCUAUAAAUGUCAGUAAGCUGCAGUAUUCUUCAACAUAGACUAGAGCCUUUGAUGGCUUUGGGAAGUUAGCUGCUCUGUCCUUUUUGGUAAAGGAGGAGGGAGAGAAAAGGAACAAUUUCAGAGACAGUCAUGUUGUCCUAGGGAUGUACUUUUCUUUCUUCCUCAGUAAUUUACAUAAGCUGCACCAGAGAGAGAACAGCUUGUGCACAAAUUAAUGAGGUUUUAUUUUGAAGUAUACCAGUAGACCACAGAACUGCAGAACCUUUGUUAAUCUGAAAAUGGAAUUAUUUGAUGUCUACUUUGGAGUACUUCAUAGCUGUCCAUCUCUUUGCUCCCCCUAAUAGAAGCUGGUAUUACCAAGAAGGUAACAGUGUAUUAGCUUCCUCUUUCUUCUUAAGGAUAAAGAUCCGUACAAUUUCCAGAAUUGAAGAAAUGGCAUGUGCUGUUGAAAGAAGUUUUCUUCUCCAUUCCAUGCUCCUGGCUGUGAAUCCUGGCUCUUAUGUGACCUUUCAAUGGACUUGCUCACCUCUUACCUGCUCCCCUGAUGGCGGUAGUAGGAUUAGUGCUGCAUUACUAUGCUGGAUUUGCUCAGUGCACAGUUUUACAAGUGCCACCUGAGCCAGCAAAAAAAAAUAAAAUAAAACAGCUAGUGCUGGUUGAAAGAGGUUGGGAUGGUUUCCUUUAUGGGUGGUCACUGGAUUGAGCCAUUACAGGCAAUUUUAAGCCAAUAUGCUAAGUUUCAGACCUUCACCCCUUUUGACAUAGCAAAAGCAAAUUAAAAUAGGAUUUUUUUUUUUUUGUAACUGAAUUUUUGCCUAACGGCCUCUAGUGCUUUGCAUUUAAGUACCUUGUGUUUGGGUAAGUCCUUUAUCCUGGAAAUUCUGACAACUAACUUCAGAAGUAUUACAUCAAUGUACAGAUGUGGAAAACAUAUUUCUUCAUCAAAAAUACCCUCCUCCCACCCCCCCCCAAAAAAAAGUCUACCAUAUAUAAACUUCUGGGAGACAGUUUUUAGACUUGCAAUAUUAAAUUCAAUGCAGUAAAUCCUUCCAGUAAAAAUAUUUACUGCAUCUAUUUGUUUUCUAGAAGAGGCUUGAAGAGGGAGAUAGCAUCUCCCUUUCUUAAUGAGGUCAGUAUUGUAGGGAUAAUCUGGAAAAUGUUUAGGUAGACUCUUCUUACAAGCUCUUCUAUUGUUACUAGAUGCCUCCCAAAUGUCUUUUCUCAUCUAGCUUUCAUGAAAUAGUAUGAACAGCCAUAAGAGCGUCACUAAUGAUCAUGUGUAGACUUCCACCUAAACAUAACUUCAUACAUCUACUGUAAUGCCUUGCAAAGUUGGAUCCACCUGUGCGACAGCUUUGUUCUUGAUGAGAUGUGUGAUUUGGAUGAAGCUGUGAAUCAGAAGUGAAGUGUCAGUUAAUGUAAAGCAUGACUUUCUCCACGUUUAAAACUCCGAGGACCUUGAUACCAAAUUACCCAAGUGUAUUCACUCUCUGGUUCCACAGCCAUCUCCUUUGCACUUUUACAUUUAACCAGAAGAGAUGCCCACAUUUAAUUUCAUUUCAGAUCACAUGUAGAAAUAAGAUUCCUGCAUCAUAGUUUCCUAUAUGCAGAAUUGUAUCUGUAAAUGUGUUUAUAGAAAAUGUUACGUAGCUAAGGUUGAGUUUUUAGUCAGAAUGGUAAGUUAACUGCUUACGUGUUGUGUUUGGUUACAUAUUGGAAGUGCAAGGGAAUUUGGUGUGGUGCAGAAGAGCUUUAAGAGUUCACAACAUAAUUAAUGCAGGUGUCAAUUAACUUGUGAUGCCAAGAUGAAUUUUCUGCUGUCAAGUUUCAGUUUACCAGAUGUGCUGUUUACUUACUCUAAGAUUGGGUAACACCUCCCUAACAUAGAUUGCAAUUUACCUUUCUUAUGAAAUUUCCACAUAGUUACAGGCUUAUGCAUUAGUGAAUUUCUGCCACUUCAAGAUUUAAAGAAAUUAUUUGAAUUUUGCUGUUUGUGAAAACAUCCUUUGCUUGAGUGGCUGUAGAAUUGCAAUUAGGGUAUCAGGAAUAUGUAGAGGGAGCUGGUUCACUCGGCAAAAUGCACUUCUGUCCAGAGCUCAAGCCAUACAUACAAAAAGUAUAUCUAAUGCCAUCCUUUUUGGUGGGAUCUAACAUGAAUAAAGUUUGUGCUGGUUCUCUGCAAGUAAACUGUCAUCCUGUGAGAUCAGAUGAAUUUUCCCACCUGUAAAUGUUGUUUCUCUUGAACAAACUUGGCCCACAAUUAUCUUUCCUUCAGUUUUGUUGUUUGCUUCUGCCUGAGAUGCAUUACUGUUUAUAUCCUAACUCUGUAAUUAAUUCUUUCUUCAAUUAUUCUAAUGUAUUUUGUUUCACAGUAUACUUAUUCUGAAUUUAGUCUUGCUAUGCAUAAUUUAUUUAUUACUUGCAGUGUUAUAUAAAAUUUCCUCCUGAUUGCA